GCUGUGGAGGCGCCCCGGCGAUGGUGCGCGGAGGGGGGGCUCGAGCUGCCACUGCCGCCGCCCCUCCUUCCCUACGCCCGCCCCGCUUGCCAGGCCGCUGGGCGGCAACGGAGCUCGGCGGCAGCAGCAGCAGCCGCCGCCUCCGGAGCGCCGGAGUGGCCCUUUUGCUCCUCUCCAAGCCCGUUUGCUGACAGGUGGAAUGGAGCAGCCAUGAAUGGUGAUACCGUUUGCCAAGAACCUCCCUCCCAGCUUCCAGACUGGAAGGAAUUCUGUGAGCUCCAUGCCCAGGCCGCUGCUGUGGACUUUGCCCAGAAGUUCUGCCAGUUCCUGAAGGAAAACCCCCACUACGACACCCCAGGGGCCGAUACCUCUUUCUCCCACCAUUUUGCUGCUAACUUCCUGGACAUCUUCAGUUUAGAGGUCAACAGGGUUUUUGUAUCAGAUUCUCCCACCAAAUACAACAUUGUGCCAUUCGUGGGGCUUCAGAACUGCCACAUGCCGUACGGCCGGGACAUCUUGCCGAGGAAAGAUCAGACCUCUACAGAAUCUCUGGACAGCAUGGAAAACCCGGUCCCCUCCAGCAGGUAUCUAACCCAGUCCCAACAGGUCCAGAUACGAAAAGUCUCCUCCUAUGGCCAGUCCCGGAGCUCGGAGGACGUUUCUGUCCAUACUACCUCUAAGCAGAAGUUCAAGAAAGGUUUCUCCUUGAGGAACAUGAGUUUGUGUGUUGUGGAUGGAAUGAAGGAGAUGUGGCACAGGAGGUAUUCUCCAGAGCCAGGCACGGAAGCUACCCAGAGCAGGAGAUCCGACAGGGAACAUUGUCCCCCUGGGAAUAAGGAACACAGCGAUUCCAGGGAAAAAUGGACUCACAAGCUGCGGCUUACUAAAGGCCAGUCUUCCAAGGUGGAUCUGGUGGACAUUCAAAGAGAGGGAACCCUCCGCUACAUGGUCGCUGAUGAUACGAACUGUGUGGGCGCCUCUCAGUGGCAGAAAUGUCGCCUGUUGCUGAGGAAAGCCGUGAAGAUGGAGGGGGAACGGUUCCUCCUGGAGUUUUACGUUCCUCCUAAGGCUUCCAAAGCUAAGGUCAGCAUCCCGCUCUCGGCCAUUAUCGAGGUACGAACGACCAUGCCUUUGGAGAUGCCGGACAAAGACAACACUUUCGUGCUGAAGGUAGAAAAUGGUGCGGAGUACAUCCUGGAAACAAUUGACUCAUUACAGAAGCAUUCGUGGGUGGCGGAUAUACAGGACUGUAUAGAUCCCGGGGACAGUGGUGACGACAUUGAACUUGCCUCUUGUACCCAGGGUGCCUGCCUACCUAGCAGGGUCUCGUCUUGCAGCUGUGAAUUUUUGGCUGAUGACGUGCCCCGAUUUCAGGAGACAUGUGCCGGGUCCGCAGCUCCAGAUGCCCUGCCCAAUGCUGCCACCGUUGUCACAGCACCACACAGUCGGAUCAGAGACUCCUUGGGUGAACACCGAGCCCACGUGCCAUUGGAGAAUUUUCUGCAGUCCUUGGAGUCAGCUCCUGGCAGUCACGCAGCAGGGGAGGAAAGUGAGACGGAAGCAGAGAUCAACCUGUCGGACUUUCCUUGGUUCCAUGGAACUCUAUCACGUGUCAAAGCUGCCCAAUUGGUGCUGUUCGGCGGGGCCAGAAGUCACGGGCUGUUUGUCAUUCGGCAGAGCGAAACGCGACCAGGCGAAUAUGUGCUGACGUUUAACUUCCAGGGGAAAGCAAAGCAUCUGCGACUGUCCUUGAACGAGAACGGCCAGUGCCACGUCCAACACCUCUGGUUCCAGACCAUCUUCGACAUGCUGAGGCAUUUCCACAUGCACCCCAUCCCCCUGGAGUCAGGAGGCUCUGCUGACAUCACGCUCCACAGCUAUGUGGUAGCCUCGACUUCCUUGCCUGAGACCAGCCCUUCUCCAGUUGUUGCUUCCCAGCAGCCCAGUUGCCGAAACGACCUCCAGUCUCAACACUACUUUUCCAGCUUCGUCCCAGGCACUUUCCAGCCAGCCUCCCCUUCCGAGGGCACGACUUCGUCCUCUUCCUCCUCCGCCAGCCAUUCGCUCUACCAUCGAGUGGAAGGGACCCUCAGCGUCCGCAGCCGCAGUAACAGCACGGAGCGCCUGUUCGAUUCCUCCGCUGUCGCCGCGGAGGACUACCACGAAAGCGAGGGCUCGCGCAACAGAACCAGAGCAGUGGAGAACCAAUAUUCAUUUUACUGAUGGCGCCGACGGAGUCGUUUCCGGGGUCCUGCUUUUUCUUUCUUUUUGGGACGGUUGCUUGCGAGCGAGGAGAGCCGACUUUUUGCUUCCUUGAGACUCUUCGCUUCCUGGUGGCUCUCUGCAUAUCUCAGCAGAUCUUCAGCCUCUGAACGUGCGCGCUGUCGUCUCUAAAGGCCGCCUGGUGCUCUUGUCAUUUCCUUCAAGUGCUUUCAAGAUGGCCUUUGUUAACCCCAGACUCGGAGUGAAGAAAACGAUCGAAGUGAUACAACAGCCCAAUUUGAGUGUUGUGGGUUUUCCGGGUUGGAUGGCCGUGUUCCGGUAGCAUUUUCUCCCGACGUUUCGCCUGCAUC